AUGAAAAACAUAGAUUCCAUCAAAGGUUGCAGAAUAGAUGAGAACCACUUCGACUUAGAAAAAUAUAGCACGUUUUACUGCAAACAAGAUGUAAGAAUUUUAAGAGAAGGUUUUGUAAAGUUCCGCAAUGACUUAUUGAAAGAGUUUGAUUUAAACGUUUAUGACUACGUUAGUAUUUGUUCAAUUGCUAACAAAUUGUUUGAGAACAGAGUAUACUUCCCGAAUGGAAAUCUUUAUGACCUCUCAAAUAAACCAAGAGAAUUUAUUUCGAGAUGCAUUCAAGGUGGAAGAUGUAUGUUGUCAGAUAACAUGAAACAAAAGAGCAAAAAGAAACUCAUUGCUGACUUCGACACUGUUUCAUUAUAUCCUUCAGCUAUAGCAAGACUUUAUACUUUAGAAGGUAUUCCAAAAGUAUUGAAGGAAGAAAUGUUAAACACAGAGUAUCUCAUGAGACAUUUAUUCGAUGAUGACCAAAAGGAACCCAUUGGUGAAAAGUUUAUGUCUGGCUUCUUUGUUCUCAUUAAGAUAACAGAGAUUGGUAUACCCAGACACUUUCAUUUAAUAGUUUGCGACCCUGAACUAAAUCCAGAACUUAACGUUCCAAGAAGUUCAAACACUUGCUGUCUCAUGUAUGUUGACCAUAUAACAUUACAAGACCUCAUAAAAUAUCAAGGUGUCAAAUGUGAAGUGUUGCAAGGAUACUAUUACGAUGGAAACAGAGAUAUGAGAAUAAGAGAUGAAGUAAAGAAGUUGUUUGAGUUAAGGUUAAAGUAUAAGAAAGAAGAAAACCCCUUACAAGAAAUUAUAAAACUCAUUCUGAACAGCAUUUAUGGCAAAACUAUUCUAUCUCCUAUUGA